CAACAGAGCCACCAAGAUGUCAAUCAAACCAAGUCUUCUUCCUCUGGCUGCUUGGAUUCUCUGCUGCAUCAUCAGCCUGCAUGUGAAUUCCUCGUUGGGAUUAACUCACUCAAACUAUCGGUGCAUCUGCCAGCGGACAACCAGCGUGUGGAUCCCUCCUCGUGCCAUCCGGAAAGUUGUGGUUAAUCAACCUGGAGGACGCUGUCGCCAGACUGAAAUCAUAGUCACCCUCAAGAGGAACAAUCGCUCUAUUUGUAUCAGUCCAGAGGCAAAGUGGCUCGACAAGUUCUUCAGGGAAUCCCUAGCCUUGCAGAAUUCCAACCAGAUUCCCAAGAAUGUCACGUCUACCGCUACCUUGCCCUCUGCCCCAUCAAUGUCCAAAAAUUAACUUCCAGUGCAUGGGCCUGUGGAUCAACACUGCUAAUUCAUGGCAGCAGUUUUUAACUGAAUCUCAGAAACAUCUUAACUUUCAAAUGUCGUUUUAUGACUUUUUAAUAUUCACUUUCUUCACAAACCAGUGUUAAGAGUUUUUUACUCCCAAUGUAAAUUAGAAGCUCACACGGUGCAUUCACGCUGUUACAGCUUUGUAAGCAUAUAUCAAUCACUUUCAAUGUUAUUCUGAUCUGAAUGCUUAACAAAGAUUAAGAUUUCUAAAUUAAGACAGUUUUAAAGUUGUUUUUUUGUUGUCAUUUCAUUGCUAUAUACCACAUAUAUUUGCACUGUUACAUUACAGAAAUUGUAACUGCAUGUGAUUGUGAAGAGUCUUAAUCACAAAAUACAUAAAAUAAAGUUUUUUUC